UACUCCGGAAAGAGACGUUGAAGUUUGCGACAAUUGCCGACCGAUAAAUUUAACACUUAUCUCGGAAUCUGCGAAUUAUUAACAGAUGACUCGCUGGGUGGUUCAGUGCGCCGUUAUGACGGAUAUAUUAUGGCGGUUACAAUGUUUGUGUUGCAGUUGUUACCUUCAUACGACAAUUAGUGUCUGCAGCAACAAUUAAAAAUCAAGAGCACGAUAGUGUGUGCAAAGUGUUUAUUAUUCAUACAAGAUGUUUGAGAUGCUUCUGAAAGUGGCCGCAGUGUGCGUUGUCGCAUCGGUUCAGUGGGGCAGUGUGUCUGCUACUAACAGUCUGCCCGGGUGCUAUGUAGAUUUGCCAGCAGACACAAACAUCUCAAACUUUUCGGAGAUAGUGGGACGCUGGUAUGCCAUCACCCACGACAGUGUGAAGUACAGCAUUUGUGUGUGCUGCAACGUGACACCGCGGGACUUUAACGCCAGUGUGGAGGCGACACCAGUCUCUGGCAGCAAGAAGGCAACCGUCUACGGACGGAGGAACUGCAGCCACCUCGCGCUAACUGAGCACUGGACGCUGCUGCAGUACCACGGAGGGGACAUCUACAUGCCCAACGUGAGCUGCGCCAACGGCGCUUCGGGAAGCCGCAGUACUUCGCUCGUCAUUGUGUGCGACGCUCAGGAAUCCCUGAGUGUGGUGCAGGCCGAUAACUGCACGCUGACGAUGGAGUUACGGACGCCGCAGUCUUGCGUGUCAUCGCACCAGCAAAUCGUGCCCGGGCUCAGCCACGGCUCCGUCUUCUGCAUACUGUUUGCCGCAGUAGCUGGAACAUAUCUGCUUAUCGGUGUCGGUUAUCGACGGCUGGUGUGUGGUGCCAAAGGCUUUGACCAGAUUCCCAACAAAGACUUCUGGAUUAACUUAGGACAUCUGCAAGCUGACGGGUGCAACCUGGUGUGCCGGCGUGGUGACUUUGCAGACGGCCGCAGCCUGUCUCGCUCAGACGGCUGGCAACAGAUUGCCGGCGGCAGCUUCACUGACUCAGACAGGGACGACGCGCCACUCCAGCCAUGACAGUUGCUGUGUCUGUCUGUCUAGUCCUGUGUUUUCUGCCAGGUCACCUGGCGGAUCCACUGCUACGCCGCCCUCAGUUUCUUCUUUUACAGCUUACUGCUUACGGAAAGGAAACCUGGCCGUGUCCCAAAUAUCUCAUUCUUAGUAUUCCUAUCAUAUGGGUGUCUUAAAAGUGGCAGAAAUACAGAUUCUCUGUCCACCUUUUUAGCUUCGGUGUUUACAUCUAAAUUUUGUGGUUGGACAUGUGUCCGAGAUGAAGAAUGCUGUAACUUUUUCUGCCUACUUUUCAGUGUAGUAUUGCAGAGGAAAUGUUACUUACAAUUCCAUAUAUGUGACUUUUUAUACAAAACAUUUGACAGUAAUUUCAGAGUACCUCAUUUUUUUCGCACUUUGCUUCGUAAUUAUUGCUUGCUUGUAAUUAGUAGCUAUUGCUCUGUUGGAAAGAAAUGUCUCUUGAGAAAAAUAUUUUCAGUUAUGUUGCUAUUUGUCUGUACAUUAAUGAUCUCAUAAUUGACUGAAGUGUGUGUGUGUGUGUGUGUGUGUGUGUGUGUUUUGCGUGCAUCUGCAUGCUUGAUGUUCCUUACAAUAAUUGUACUACUGUGAAAGAUGAGUUUGGGUUUAUCCUGCCAAAUUGAGGCUUAAUUUAAAUUCGGGAGUCUGUGCACAUUGCAGAUUUGUUGUUAAGGAUUACUUAAGUGUGAGAAUAAAAUAAUGAGCUUUUAUUUAUGUUACCAAAAUUUUCUGCAUUACAUUUAGAGUAGAACAUGUUUUUCUGUGUGUAGUGUGUGUAUAGAAAAUCAGUUGAUAAGUCUCAUUUUCAAAUCUAUGAAGCAUUUAUUGUUUUGGUAUUGUACUGGCCUUUGUACAAUAUGUAAGAUUUUAAAGUUUGACAUUAUUUAUCGAGCCUGUGCGUACAAUUCCGCCCGUUUAAAAUUUACAUGCCUGUGCACAAGGAAUCAUAUUAAUAUAUCAUGUUCUUUUUCCAAUUAAUAUCACACUGCACGUGUUGAACCUGAUUUUGCGUUGUACAAAUACAAAUAAAUUGUAUGUUAUUGAUGUGUACUUUUCAAUAAAGCGU